AACUAUUUGAAAGACUCGCCACUCGCGUUCGGCUUGUUAGUUGUUCCGCAGUUCCGUUCUGUAGUGAAUGACACAAACGUAAGGCAUGCGGAUGCCGGACACCGUUAAAUAGUAGACGUAUUUUAAUAUUUUACCGAGUACUAGUGACUACCACAAAAUUUCAUUUAUUUUGUGUUUGUAUUCUUAUUUUAAUUUUAAAAUUCACACUUAUCAAUAUUAGGAUGAGCCAAGAACUAGGGAAAAAUAAACGCAUGAAUAUGACUGAGGAUGAAUUAACAAAAGUUGAAAACAAAGAACUUAAUGAGACUGAAAAGGCUAUUGCAAAAAUUCGAUUAGAUGAUAAACAUUUAUUAGCGAAUAAAUGGACAUUUUGGUUUUAUGAACAAAAGAGUAAAAUUUUAGAAGAAAAUCUACAGGAAGUAUUUAGUUUUGAUACUGUUGAAGAUUUUUGGUGCUUAUUUAAUCACAUUAAAAGUCCAAGUCAACUUCCGUCUCAAAGUCAUUACAGCUAUUUUAAAUAUGGAAUUAAACCUAAUUGGGAUGAUGAAAAUAAUAUUUCUGGUGGACGUUGGUUAUUGGAGUUUUCACAAAAAAAAAAAUUCCAUCUUGUAGAUGAAUACUGGAAGAAAAUAAUAAUGAGUAUGAUUGGUGAAGUGUAUGAGAGUUCUGAAAUUAAUGGAGCUAUAAUUAGUGUACAAAACAAAGGAAUUAAACUAUCAGUAUGGACAAACAAUGCAUCUCAAGAUAAUAAGAUCAACAUUAUAGCUAUUGGAAGGAAAAUAAAAGAAGUUUUGGGCACAAAAGAUAUGAAGAUGGUUUAUGAGUGUCUUACAAGUACAGAAAAUAAACGAGGAUCGUCUACAAAACCAAUGUUUAAUAUAUAAAUUAUCAAAGUUAAAAAAGAAAUGUUUUAAAAUAUUUUGUUAAAAAUUAUGUUAAAAAUAAAAUGCAUUUAAAGUGAAAAUUAAAUAUAAUAGAAACAAAAUUCUUAUUGCCAGAGGUGAAAUUUAAUUUUUUUUUGUAAACAACUUCUAUAUAUUUAUUUUAACAACAAUAAAAUAAAUCUUUGUUUGGUUUUCUUGGCUGAGAA